AAUUACAGUACAUGGCCAGUGGUUUUAAUUCCUUACAAUCUUCCACCAUGGUUCUGCAUGAAGUCAUCAUCUUUCAUUUUGUCCUUGAUUAUUCCCGGUAAAUAUGGUCCUGGUAUUGAUAUUGAUGUAUACUUGCAACCAUUAAUACAUGACUUGAAAUUGUUGUGGAAAGGUGUAAAUGCUUUUGAUGCUUACAGUGGAAAAUCUUUUAACAUGCGAGCGGCCUUACACUCCACAAUAAAUGACUUCCCUGCAUAUGCUAUGUUGUCGGGACGGAGUACCAAAGGUUAUAAAGCUUGCCCUUCUUGUGCUGAUUCCACUAAUUCAUAUAGAUUUGGUGGUAAAAUUGUCUUCCCUGGACAUCGAAAAUGGUUGCCAAUUGAUCAUCCUUAUCGUUCUGAAGCUCAAUUAUUUGAUGGGAAAGAAGAGUACGGUCUUGCUCCAAUCCCUUUAAGUGGGACCGAUGUUUUGAAGCAGCAAGAAAAGGUUAAGUAUGUUUACGGAACCUCGAAAAAAGCUUCUAACAAAAGGAAAAAUAGAGGAACAACAGAUAUUGAUGAUGAUUAUCAAGCUGAUGCCGAUGAUGUUAUAUGGCGUAAGCAAAGUGCAUUUUUUGAAUUGGAAUAUUGGGAACAUAAUCUUCUUUGACAUAAUUUAGAUGUAAUGCACAUUGAGAAGAAUGUGUGUGACAAUCUAUUAGGAACUCUAUUAGAUAUGGAUAAAAGUAUAGAUGAUCCAGAAGCUAGAAAGGCUCUUGAGAAGAAAAACAUUAAACCUCAUCUUUGGCUUCAAUCUCAUCCUAAUCAGGCUAAAAAAUAUAUGCCUCCAGCUGCAUACACCAUGUCUAAUGAAGAGAAGGAACGAUUUCUAAGAGUGUUAAAAGACAUAAAGUUCCUGAUGGAUAUGGGUCUAAUUUACAGAGAUGUGUCCAUUUGAAGCAGCGAAAACUUAUUAAUUUGAAAAGCCAUGACAUCCAUAUCCUUAUGCAAGAUAUCCUUCCAGUUGCUUUAAGAGCAUCAAAUGCCACAAAAGCCAUUGACUUGCUUGAGGAGUUGUCGUACUUUUUCAAGAAGAUAUGUUCACCCGCUAUUGACAUUGAAGAACUAGGUUCCAUUCAAAACAAGCUUGUGUUAACUCUUUGUAAAAUGGAGAUAGAGUUUCUACCAACAUUUUUCACCAUCAUGGUUCAUUUGCUCAUUCAUCUAGUGGAUGAGGUAAAACUCGGCGGACCAGUUCAUUAUAGAUGGAUGUAUCCCAUUGAAAGGUAUUUAGCCUUUUUGAAAUCUCAUGUAAGCAAUAAAGCACAACCUGAAGGAUCUAUAGCAGAAGGGUACCUUUUAUGGGAAACAAUUACAUUUUGCUCAAGAUAUUUAGAAAGUGUUGAAACGAUAUUUAGCAGACCGAAAAGGAAUGAGGAUGGUGUUCCAAACUUUUAUACUUAUUUAUACAAUUCUGGUGGUCGUGUACUUGGAAAGAAAGAUAAUGUUCGUCUUGAUGACGAAAGUUUAAAGCAAGCGCAUCGCUAUGUUUUGCUUCAUUCAGAUGAGAUAAAGCCAGUGCUUGAUGAGUUCAUAGAACAAAAAUGGCAACAAGAGAAUCAAGUCGGAAGAAGGCAGUUGAAUAAGAGUAUUGAAAGCCAGUGGAUAAUCAAUGAGUUCGUUGAUUGGUUGCAAAACCAGGUUAUAUGCUUUAAAACGGGGAAAAUUUAUCUUAUUUAUUUUUAUAACUAAUCUAUGUGUAACUUUUUUUUUUGAAUUAUAGGUCAAUAAUCUAGAUGAUAGCACAACAGAAGGAAAAAUGAGAAAGUCCUUAGCCGGUGGUUUAAGUAACCGGGUAAAAAGGAUGAAAAGUGUGGUGAUCAAUGGUUACAAAUUUGAUACUAUGGAUCGUGAGAGAUUCCGAAAGACACAAAAUUCUGGAAUCAUGGUAGAAGCCGAAGGCCAAGAGUAUUAUGGAAAAAUCAAGGAAAUAUUGGAAUUUGACUAUUAUGGUUCUUUUAAGGGUAUAAUGUUUCGUUGUGAAUGGGUUGAUGUACAGAGGGGUGUUCAAAACAUACCCAAAUGGUGGUGUUUGUGUCAAUUUUUCAAAGUUGAUGCACACUGGUCGAAAUUUACAUGACGAUCCAUUUAUUUUCUCAUCACAAACCAAGCAAGUUCUUUACAUUGAAGAUGAGAUUAAAAAAGGAUGGCUUCAUGUUAUUAAGACUAAGCCUAGGGACUUGUUUGAUAUACCAAGUGAUGAAGAGCUUUUAGAAUAACAUUGUAUUAUUUGAUUCUUUAGUUUACAUGAUACAUUUGAUCAUAUGAGUAUGAUAUUUGCUUUUGGAUUUAUGUUCUAGCCAUACUCGCUUGAUGUGCCCUAGAUCUUAUAAUAGGGACUUAACAAUUAUUACCUUAAUGUUUAAGUUGUCGGGAUUACGAGCUCAGUAAAAUAAGAAGUCAAAAUGACAAUGUAGUAUAACCUUUAUGGUUAGUUUUAUGAUCAUGGCAUGAGCUAUUUAUUACUUAGUAUUAUGUUGUGUGUGAUUUGUGAAAAAGGAAGAGAAUGAACUGUGUGAUGUUGAUAGCCCGUUUUGUUAUCGAAUUACUAAGUUACAUUUUUAAUUU